GGGUCGGCGGGUGUCAUGGCGGCGGCGGCGCUGCGGCAGGGCUGGCGGCGGCUGGGCCCGGGGGCGCUGUGCCGCCGGGCGAGCGGGGCGCCCGUCCCGCCGGAUGCCGGGGCGGAGCCGCCCGCCAGGCCCGCCCCGCGGGUCUACACCCGCACCGGGGACAAAGGAUUUUCCAGCACAUUCACAGGUGAGAGGAGGUCAAAAGACGAUCAAGUAUUUGAAGCUUUGGGAACAACAGAUGAAUUGAGUUCAGCUAUUGGACUUGCUAGUGAAUUAAGCAGUGAAAGUGGCCAUAUAUUUGCCGAACAACUGCACAAAGUCCAGUGCAUGCUGCAGGAUGUCGGGGCCAACAUUGCCACCCCCAUCUCUUCAGCCAGGGAGGCUCACUUAAAACGGACCUCAUUUACUGAAAAGCCAGUGCUGGAGCUGGAGCAGUGGAUUGAUAAAUACACAGAACAACUUCCACCUCUCACUGCUUUCAUUUUGCCUUCAGGAGGUAAGAGUAGCGCUGCCCUUCACUUCUCCAGAGCCGUCUGCCGCAGAGCAGAGAGAUGUGUGGUUCCCAUAGUGCAAGCAGGAGAAGCGGAUCCAAACGUGGCCAAAUAUUUGAACAGACUCAGUGAUUAUCUCUUCGUUUUGGCACGUUACGCUGCAAUGAAGGAAGGGAAGGAAGAAAAAAUAUACACCAGGAGUGAGCCGUAAAUUGCAGGUGACACUUCUUCCUAUACCAGGAGAAGCUAAAUCUGGUAGAGAUUCUCUCUGCAGGGAAGAGAGAAUGCACCUGGAUCCAGGGUACCCAUUGCCCACCCAUCCUGUGACGGAACUAGCUUAGGGUCUUUGUUUUAUAAACCCGUAAGGAGUGCUCAGCUGGUCUGCAAAACUCACCUGCUUCCAUUAGCUAGUUUCCAGAUCCGAGCAUCCAGUUCUAAUAACUGCCUUGGAAAUGGCUUCAGAAUGACUCUCUCUGACAGCUGACUGAAAGUUAAAUCCCAUUUCACUUCUCAGAGCAGUGGCAGGUGUUGCUGAAGGAAUCUGACAGCACUCCGAUGAAAGGAACAGAAAAAUGUGCGUGACAUCUCUCUUAAAAGCUGAAAGUAUCAAUAGUAAAGAGAACUGGGGCAUGGAUUCGGGGACCCAGUCCAUAAGCUCUAAAAUACAGCGUGAGUAACUUGCAUCAGAAGGCCCUUUGCUACCAAAUCCAGCCUGCUUUCUCCCUUUUAAGCUGGCUGCACUCCAUCAAUUCUGGCUGGAGCUGAAGGAAGGGUUCAUAGGUUUAAGGAAAGCACUAAGUGCCUGUCUGUGCACAUGCAGAGAAUCACUUGGUAUCGCAGCACAUCCGCUGCUAGCUAUGGGCUAAUGCAAGGACAAGAGUUUGAAGAACCAAUGGGCCAAAUCUCACAGUCCUUCUGCAGACAGGCCCAGCCUUGUGGCUAAUAGGAGUCUUGCCUGCACCAGGAGGGCUCUGACCUCAUGAAUAUUUGCCCAGCUUUUAGGCAGAGGCCUGCAUGAGGUCUCAUGCUAGGAGGGACUAUUCCCAGCUAAGAAAAUAGUGAGUAUUGGCAGGAGUCGGGUGCAACUGCUUUGUCACCAGAUGCUGAAGAGCACCUUUAAAACACAGCAGGACAUAUUGAAUCUGCUGCCUUUAACUCCUUAUUUCUUUAUUUGGAGUAUUUGGGGUGGGGGUCAAGGAUAGAGAGAUUGCAGCAGAUUGCCUCCCUUCUAGCUGAGCACAGGGACGCUUAACAAAUGAGGGGGGAAAUGGAAUCUAAACUGCUGAUAAAAAAGAAGGCUAAAGCAACUUCAGGUGAAUUAAAGGAGCAGGCUCACUCUAUGUUGAGAUUUUCACGGCAACUCUUUCACAGCUUCUCUAGCUGGUCUGCUGUUUUGAAGGCUGUAGGAAAACCGUGCACAUCCAUCAGCACAACACAUCUAAAUUAGCCAGUUAACAGUGCGAUAGGCAUCUCUCCCUCAAACCGGGCAGCCGUCAGUAAAGGUUCAUACAUCCAACUCCAGCCCUCAAAGCAUGGAAAUGUAGUUUGGAAGAACGUGCCAAAGCGUCUGGACUGCAGGAUCUUGUACAAUUUAAAAACAAGCAUUAAAGAACCUCAGAAUGCGA